AACCGACAAGCAUCAGCCGUUUACAUCACUCAGAGUUAAGGUUAUCGAGCUCUCGUUACCUUUAAUUCCAAUGUAUAUAAGCCCCAUUCCUCUAUCAUGCUCCUCCCUGUCUUUCUUUCGCUCCUCCUCCCACAUCCCGCCCCCUACAAACCGCCCCAAUCAACUACCGGGUCCCAAUCUGCACUGCUGCCAUACCACUCUACUUCUACAGGUCGCCCUUGACAGCAUCCCGCCACCCUCGUCCUUACCUCCACCUUCCUGCUGUCACCAAUGCAGCAUCCAACCUGUACCAGACUUCGUGUAAGGACGCCCCAGGAUGCCCAGGUCAUAUUUCACGCCGUCUCACUCAACAUACUGCCCAUGGUCACGAGGCGCCUCGACACCGAAGAGCGACGCGCCAUUUCCUCGGGCUGCAUCUUUGUCUGGGAGGAAAGAGGCCCCAACGCCGAAGCCACUGGUCUUGGAAUUGAACGCUGGACAGAUGGGAAAAGGUGGGGUCCAAGCAGAGUUCGCGACGAGUUCCUGUUCUAUCACGAAAAAGACCCAGAACCGGUCGACGUUGAAUUGACGUCCGACUCGGACUCUAUACAUCAACGUUCGCAUCCGGGCCCCAGCCGCGGACACACGCGAAGCAGCCUCGUCAAACAGACAUACUCCGUCUUCGUCGAAACUCCACGAGGAAGACGGAAGUGGCAUCUCAUUGCUUAUUUCACACACGACACAGUUGAAUACCUUCCUUCUGUGGACAAUGUACCGGAGCUUGCGCGUUUAUCGGUACCAACAGGGAUGUACAGAAGCGCACGCCAGCACCAUCCUCCCAGGCGGAGAGACAACGAAUCGUACUCUAUCCGAGGACCUCAGUACGCUCCAUAUCCAUCGGUGAACCAACAUUCAUCAGACGACGAUGCUUACAGUGGAAGUCCAGUGUUUGCGGACCGUUUUGGUCGGAUGCUUACAUCGAAUGCUGUCCUUGCUCCUUUGGCAUACCUGCAAAACAUUCCACCGCCUCGUCGACACCCUCUUGACGAGGAGGCCUUGAUGUCGUUUUAUCCUGGGCUUGCAUGAAAUAAUUGUCUUUUCUUAUGUCAUUUUAUUACAACAGCGCUGUGGUCGGACCUGAGUUGACGUUUUCUUACCACCUUACAUACUAUAACAUCAACUACUUCUAUUCGCAAUGUUUUCAGUGCACUUCAGCUACCAUCUUUGGAUAAUACCGGAUAAUUCUAUUUCUUGUUCUCUCGAUGAA